UUAAAAAAAAAACAAAAAAAAAACUUAACUUUUCAAAAUAGAGAAAAAACAAUCGAAAAUGGAACGCGUGUUUCGAAAAUGAAAAUUUAUUAUUAGGAAACAUCGAUUCGUUCUUUUUUGUUCUUGCUUAUUUAUACUUUUUUUUUUAAAUACGUGGUAUCACUGACAUGUGAUACCAAGUGCAAGCAGCCACAACGGAGACAGAUAAGAUACAAACCAAGCGGCCGAAACGGAAGAGAAUAUCCGACAUGAGGGUUGACUUCCGCGGGCUAAAGUGUGCGACUGCACUCCGAGCCAAUCUCAAAUCUGCAAUGUACGAAAGCAGCUGCUCCUAUGCUGGGGCUUUGGAACUAAAACGCAGCGCACUGAAGGAGGAACCGUGGCCGGCAUCAGAAUGGCCACCCUAUCGCCUUCACCAAUCAACCUUCGAGCAAUUGAAGCAGAGCGUGGAGAAGGCCAAGGCGGCUCUUCAGGACAGGUCAGGCUUACUCGGGACGGCGACGGCUUUCGGUGACUUCUACGGAGGUCAGCUGGGCCAAGACGCUGGAGCUACACUAGGCUUCGGACGUGGCGCUCGAACAGAAGAUUCUAUGCUCGCAUCUGUGGACAAAGGCAAAACUGUUGGCAACGAUAAACUCUCUUCGGGGCUCAGUAAGGGGUACGCCACACCCACACUCUCAGACACAUUGCGCAGCACUAAAUGUACAGAUGCCUCAUACAAAAGCUCUUGGUCAACACACGCUACGUCACAGGGUUCUCAAGGAUAUGGCACGAAUUCUUUGUCUGCUAUGUCAAAGUCGACACUCGACGCGCACACACACCUCAGACAGCCAGAUCCAUAUCAGAUGUUUGGACCUACGAGCAGCCGGCUAGCUAAUUCAGGAUCGGGACAAAUCCAGCUGUGGCAAUUUCUGCUAGAGCUCUUGAGUGACUCCAGCAAUGCGGGCUGCAUCACAUGGGAAGGCACUAAUGGGGAGUUCAAGCUGACUGAUCCGGACGAGGUGGCAAGGCGGUGGGGCGAACGCAAGUCCAAACCAAACAUGAACUAUGACAAGCUAAGCAGGGCAUUGAGAUACUACUACGAUAAAAAUAUAAUGACGAAAGUCCACGGCAAGAGGUAUGCCUACAAAUUCGAUUUCCAAGGGCUGGCUGCGGCCACCCAACCAGCCGCUAGCGACCCGGCUUACAAAUACCAGAGCGACCUAUUCAUGAGCUCGUACCAUCACUCGGCUAAGCUCUCAUCCUUCAUGGCUCCACACGCGGCCAUGCCUACGUCCACAGCAUCGAUAUUUCCGUCAGCAUCGUGGGGAAACUGGGGGGGCGGGGGCAGCAACCUGUACUCCCCCCACACUAUGGCACCACCGCACGUGACGUCACAUCUCGGCUCCUACCCCCAUUACGCAUGACCAGUUUUAUAAACUGAAAUGAGCACAUUGUGUUUUUGAUUACACUUUAAUUUUACGUUAUCUUUUACCAAGGGUGCUUCGAUGUUUUCUUUGUUCUACGAUUUUCCAUUUGUUUUAAAAUUAAUACUGAGAUAUUUUUUUUAAAUUAAUUAAUUUGCAUUUACCGCAUACGGAUAAACAUACCGAUGCGAAAUGAUUGCGCGAAUAAUAAUAUACAAGGACUAGCAGUACUCGCCCGCUUCGCUGGGCAUUUAAAAUUAACAUUAUUAUUUAUUUUCAUUAUUAUUAGGGAGUCCAACAC